AUGGAAGACAAUGUGGAAACUGGAAAAAAGAGAACAUCAUCUGUACUUGAUGUCGAAAAAGUUGAAGAAAAUAAGAAAUUUGGUUCUCGAUUAUUAAAAGAUGAAAGUGAAGUGUUUAGUUAUAAUGCUUGGGAUCAUGUCGAUUGGGAUGAAGAACAAGAAAAAUCAGCUAAAGAGAAAGUAUCUGCUCAACUUGAAAACCCUGUUCCUUUAGAAGAACAAGAACAAUAUUAUAAAAAUCCAGCAGAUUAUUGGAAUAAGUUUUAUGAAAAAAAUGAAAAUCGAUUCUUUAAAAAUCGUAAUUGGUUAAAGAUUGAAUUCCCAGAAUUAUUUGAUACAAGUAAAGUAGAUGCAGGACGGAAACGAGUAUUUGAAAUAGGAUGUGGAGCAGGCAACACAAUGUAUCCUUUAUUAGAACAAAAUAAAAACGCUGAACUCUUUGUGUAUGCAGCAGAUUAUUCAAAGACAGCUGUAGACGUUGUAGUUGGUAACAAAAAUUACAAUCCAAAAAGAUCACUUGCAUUUGUAUGGGAUCUUUCAAGUCCCAACAUACCCGAGGAAAUUGAAGCAGAAUCAUUAGACAUUGUAGUCCUGAUCUUUGUCAUGUCAGCAUUAGCACCAGAACAAUGGGAACAAGCGGUUAAGAACAUAUACCGUAUGUUAAAACCAGGAGGACUUGUAUUAUUCCGUGAUUAUGGACGAUAUGACCUUGCACAAUUACGAUUUAAAAAGAAUCGAUUAUUAAAAGAAAACUUUUAUAUUCGAGGAGAUGGAACACGCGUUUAUUUUUUUACAUCAGAAGAAAUAGCAAAGAUAUUUAAACAAGAUAAUUUAUUUAGAAUAGAACAAAAUGCAGUAGAUCGUCGAUUAAUUGUUAACCGACAACGUAAAUUAAAAAUGUAUCGCGUAUGGCUUCAAGGCAAAUUCAGAAAGAUUUAA